AUGGUGACACCAUUCUCAUCCGCGCUACGGCGCUCAGCGCUCGGACAAACAUCCGUCAAGCUGACCGCGCCGUUGGGGCCCGCUAUCCGGCGUCGAAGCCCGUGUUCAUCCGCGGCCACUAGAACACUCACUCUCUCUGCUCGGACACGAGCUUGUCCUCUGGCCACGGGCUUGAACUUUCAGACUCAGAAGUAUCAGCAAUUCUAUGGCCGGGGACAGAGUUUUCGGUGGAAGAGCAAUGAUGCUUCGCCGGAUAAUAGUCUGCGACAGUGGGGGUUCGAGGAGAUCAACGCCUCUCUCCCCGCCGACUCAGCCACAAGCCCAACCCACGCUCCCAUAAUCCUGAUCGACGUCCGCGAACCCGCCGAACUAACCGGCACAGGAAUAAUCCCAUCAGCAGUGGCCAUCCCGCUCGCGUCUCAGCCCGACGCUCUAUUCCUCACACCGGAUGAGUUCGAGACGCGGUUUGCCUUUCCCAAACCCGGCUCGAAACAAGAUGGAGAGAUGAUCUUUUACUGCAAGGCUGGUGUGCGUGCUCGUGCCGCGGCGCAGUUGGCUAUCCAGGCUGGAUAUGAUCCGGCUCGCAUUGGGGUUUAUGAGGGAUCUUGGUUGGAUUGGGAGAAGAGGGGUGGGAGGGUUGAGAAGUGGGAGGGGGAGGAUCUGUAA